CCACAAUUUUUUCCACUUUUCAUCAACCAUAAAUAUUGUAAGUUUAAGCUCUACAACUCCUCGAUCCUCGAAUCAGUUGCGCCCCUCUCUGGCGACGAUGGCGACGGCGCCACCCAGCAGAUCAAGAGACCUCGACAAGCUCCUCCUCCGGCCUGGCCACCUUGUCGUGCCUAACUUUGAGCCCGGCCCAGAAUUGAGAGAUGACAUAAAGGAGUAUGUGAAAGUUUUGGUAGUAGGCGCAGGUGGGCUCGGAUGCGAAUUGUUGAAAGACUUGGCUUUGUCCGGUUUCCAAAACCUCGACGUCAUUGACAUGGAUCGCAUCGAAGUUACCAAUCUUAAUCGCCAGUUUUUAUUCAGGUUAAUCUUAAUGUUAAUUAUGUGCUCAAUAUGUGAACGCACUGGGAAAAUUUGAGCAAAUAUGUUAAUU